UCUGUUUCAGGCAGCGCUGGAGGAUCUUCUGCAGCUCUAGGUGACACGUAAUGAAAGGUGCGAUUAGGCCUCUCUAAAACUAAGGUAAUUAGUUAAAAAAGACUGCUUUUCAUUAUGUAGACAACUUCAGAGAGUGCGGACUAAACACGAGAACCGAAUUUAACCGGAUACGUUACUUUUCUAACUGCUGAACGUCUUUGGAAAACUUGGAAAACUUGAGGUAAUGUUCGUUUACUUAGCCGCUGUCCGGGAAUAUAAUGUUUCAUGAGGAAUUUCGGAGUGGAAAGCGUUGUUUCUUUGCUGAAGAGUGAAGAUAAAUUAAUUCCCGGGAAAGUUUGUGUGGAGAGCAGGAGACCAGGGAUAAUGGGCAACGGCGCGUGCUCCAGGAAGCAGAAGAAGAUUUUCCAGUCUCUUUUUCUGGUCACGGUGGUUUUUGCCAUGAUCUAUGGAGGGAUGAUGUCUUAUGAGAUGCACAAACAGCUGAAGAGGACAGAAGAGCUGGCCGUCAAAUAUCAGCAGCACCAGGAGUCACUUUCGGCUCAGCUUCAAGUGGUGUACGAGCAUCGCUCAAGGUUGGAGAAGUCUCUUCAGAAGGAGCGAAUUGACCAUAAAAAAGCCAAAGAAGAUUUUCUUGUGUAUAAAAUAGAGGCCCAACAGUCUCUCAACAAAGAAAAGCAAGAUUCGAGUGUCAGGUUUAAUUCUUUGCAUUCCCAGCACCAGAUUUUGAAGAACCAGCAUGACGAUUUAAAAAAGCAGUAUUACGAGCUGCAAGAGCGCCACCAGCUACAAGGAGAUGAGCACAACAAGGCAUUAGAGGAACAUAAACAGAAGCUCGACCAACUUCAUCUGAACAAGGAGUCUGAGAUUUCCAAGCUUAAAGAGAGUUCAUAUAACCUGCGUGAGGAGAACAAGCAGCUGAGAAAAGCUCAUCAAGACAUUUAUGUGCAGCUUCAGGAUACCAGGCAACAGCACAAGAACUUAAAAUCUGCCCAUGACCAGCUUGUGUUGACCCUGGAGGACCACAAGAGUGCGCUAGCUGCAGCCCAGGUACAGGUGGAUGAAUAUAAACAACUGAAAGAAACGCUUGAUAAGAUGCCCAGUCUGAGAAACGCAGCAGGACAGCCUCAGCCACCUGGACAGCCUAUCCAGAACAAGAACGCAGAUGAACAACACCAACCCAAGCAAGAGGUGGUAAAACAUGAGGAGGUGGAGGAGCCUCAGUUGCACCACCAGGAGGAGGAUGGAGAGAUGGGCGGAGCAGAGGAGAGGAGGAGAGAGCUGGCAGAGGAGGAGAUGGAGCAGGCCGGACAACCUCAGAAACUGGAGGAGGAGUUUGAUGGAGUGCAUAAUGAAGUGGAGGAAGAGGAGGAGGAGCCACAGGCCGGCCAACCAGAUGAAAACGCACUCGAGAAGGAGCGACAUCAUGCUCAAGAGGUGGCACCAGCUGAGGGUCAAGCGCAGGUGGAGCGGGUGAAGUCUGCUUAUGAACAGCAGCAGGAGCAGCAGCGUCUGGCAGCACAGCUGGCGGAGGAGCGCAGACAGCUGCAUCUGCGUCAGGAGGCCCUGCAGAAACAGCAGCUGCAGCAGCAGAAGGAGAGAGAGGAACGAUUACGCCUGCAGAGAGAGAGAGAGGAGCAGCUGAACCGAGAGGCAGAUCUCAAAGAGCAAAAACUCAAGCAAGAGAUGCUCCGGAAAAAGGCACAAUAUGAAAACGUGGAUGCUGAUAUAGUCCAGGGAGAAGAAGAGGCACAGCUAGCUGAAGAGAAAGAGGAGAACGCACUAAAUGAAGAUCCAAGGCAAGGUGAAGAGUACAACAUUCACCAUGAGCCGAAGCGACCAGUAGAAGCAGAAGUUGAUCCAGAGGACGACCCCAACAACCAGGGUGAGGAUGAGUUUGAGGAGGCAGAGCAGCAGCAUCAUCAUGAGGAGGAGGAGGAAGAGCCAGUACCUGUCGGCCACCCGGACAUGCACGCACAUGCAGAGAAUCAGCACCAGCCACCCGCAGAAGAGCAACUGGUGAUGCCCGGAAACCCAGAUCAGCAGGAAGACGCUCUGGAUGAGCAGUACCAGGAGGAAGGAGAUGAUGAGGCUCAAGAAGAACUGGUAGACAAUCCCAAGCAUGAAGUGGUGCGAGAGGAAGAGGGAGACCCGUAUAAUGAGGAGAAUGUAGAACAGGAAGAUCCCCGAGAUCAUGGAGUAGCAGUGAAGCAGGACAAUCAACCGGCCCAACAUCACAAUGAAGAAAACUAUGAAGACGAAGAAGAGGAAGAAGAAGGAGGUAACGGGGAUAAACCACCCAUUCGCAGGGCAGAAAUGUGAGGUGGUGGAAAGUAAGGACAGUCAAUGGCUGCCACUUAUAUGAAUUGGGAUUUCUCAAUCCAUUCUCAUAAACUUUGUGCCAGGUUUAAGGGUUCUUUUGGGUCAAUCGGAUGAAUAGGAAAUGAAUGAACUGUGUGACUAAAAACAGAGAUGCACCAAAACGCCCUGCAGUCAGCCUGUCAUUUAAGAAAUGCCGCAUAGAUCCAGAAUACUGCUUCAUCUUUGAUUUUUUUCAACUGGAUGCACAACAACCUCUUGCACUGAAAGAUUUGCCAUUUUUGAUCACUAACGGCUCCAUACGCAAGAUAAGUUUGGAAGUAAAGACUCAAAUUGAUGCACAGGCAGCCAUUAAAUGCUCACUUUGUUGUUAAUUCAUCCAUCUUUGGUUGAUGAAUAAUGCAGUGCAGUAAUAUUGCAUGCUGGGUGAGUUUGGACGCUCUCGGGUCACUAUGAAUGUUUACAUGUAAUUCAAGCCGAUAACUGUAGCUGUUUUUUUUAAAUGUUGUACUCUCUUUGCAUAUUUACCAUAGUGAGAUUACUGAGUAGACAUAAGCCAAAUUACAUGAAGCAGUUACAUGAUUUUCACCAAGUGCCUCUCUAGAGAUAAUGAGAACUUUCUCGUGUUAUCGAUCUUUGACAGGAUGAUCUGUUUCUGAUGUCUUUGUUGAAUUUUGUCUGGAUUUCUCUGUUUUUAAAGUCAUUACUCUAGUAUAAACCUGUACUAGUGUUCUGCGUGCUACUGGAUCUGAAGUCGUAUUGUCGAUGUAUUAAACAUAUGACAUAAGACAUUAUAGAAAUGAAUGGCGCAUUGAAAAUUACGAUGCAUAAUAUUCGGAUGUAGAACAAAUUAGAUUAAAAGAUUUGCGAGGAAUGUACUUUAAAUCACUACCGUUUUUAAAAACCUAUAUAUUUAUUUUGUCAAGUAUUUACUUUGUUUUUUAUAUAUAUAUUAUAAUAUGAAAUCACCUUUUUUAUUUUUGGGGGUAUUCUUUUGAUUUAUUAUUUGAUGUAAUAUUGGUGGAACCAGCUUUUUCUGUUAUUUGUUCAGCUUUAAUACGUUAUAUUUAAAAUAAAUAUCUUUAUAUGUACAGUUUUCUUUCUAGUUUUGUUGAUGAUGGCAGGCGACGUGAGCAGAAUAAAAAUUGGAGAAGGA